GAUUUUGGUUAUUGUUUCGGCACUAGCAAGCACAAAAACAAAUUCAAAAUUUUGCUUUUGGCAAACACACACACACACACAGCGAACUUAUUAAUUUUGGGGCUAGUAUCAUGUGCAUGCCGUAUUUUGGUAAACUCUUUGGCGGCGGCCAACGGCGGCGCAACAGCACGAGCGGAACGGUGACGCCCAGACCCAGUUUGGCGCCCACGCCGCAGCAAUCGAAUGUCACCAUACAGACGACAAACACUGUGGCGGCCAAGGUGCCAGUCGAGAGCAGCGUGAAUGCUAUGGGCAUGGGCAUGGCCAUGGGCAUGGGCGUGGCAGCAAAUAAUCCCGAGGAAGGCAACGCGCUGGCAGCAACAGCAGCAACAACUGAAAGUCAAGUGAGCAGCAAUCCAAGCAGCACAGCUGCAGCCACUAGCGCUGCAAGGCCUAGGACAACAUCUUGGUGGGAUUACUUUGGCAUGAAUAAGAACAAGAAAGCGAGCAUAGAGUCGCUCUAAGGACAAAGCGCAUGCUGGGAACAUGGAAAAUUCAUAACUGCAAACCAAAAAGUUAGCACUUGGCUUAAAUACAAAACAAAUUGAAAUUGCAA